AUGGUUUCAAUUGUAGCUGUCAAGAAACUAGACAAGCUAGCAAAUGAUGGUGAGAACGAAUUCAAAACAGAAGCCAGUGUAAUAGCCAGGACUCAUCACAAGAAUCUGGUGAGAUUGGUUGGAUUCUGUGAUGAAGGACCAGAAAAGAAGCUUUUGGUCUAUGAGUUUAUGAGCCAUGGCUCCUUGGCAGACUUCCUUUUCAGUCAGUCAAGGCAACAAUGGAACAAAAGAAUCAGAAUUGCAUAUGGGGUUGCAAGAGGAAUCUCGUAUUUGCACGAGGAGUGCAGCACACAGAUCAUCCAUUGCGAUAUAAAGCCUCAAAACAUCCUGCUGGAUGAUUCAUUUGAAGCAAGGAUCUCUGAUUUCGGAUUGGCAAAACUUUUGAUGAAGGAUCAAACUCGGACACUAACGGGGAUUAGAGGGACCAGAGGCUAUGUUGCACCAGAAUGGUUCAGGAACACAGCUGUGACUGCCAAAGUGGAUGUUUAUAGCUAUGGCAUCGUUUUGCUAGAAACCAUUUGUUGCAGGAAGUGUAUGGACAUCGCUAUGGAGAAUGAAGAGGAAAUACUACUGAUCGAGUGGGUCUAUGAUUGUAUCCACUCAAGAACGCUACAUAAGCUAGUAAAAGACGAUGAAGAGGCACUAAGCGACAUGAAGCAGCUGGAGAAGCUUGUAAAAGUGGCGAUUUGGUGCAUUCAAGAGGAUCCAAAUGUCAGGCCCUCCAUGAGAAGGGUAGUACAUAUGUUGGAAGGGGUUGUUGAAAUCCCAAUGCCUCCAUUUCCUAAUUGA